AUGCAAGAACAAUUCAACUUCGAGAGUCUAGUUCAAGACGAUGUCGCCGUUGCCACCACCAACUCGUCAAUGUUUUCUUCCACAUUGUUUUCAACGAAUUCUCCCUCGAGGACCCGAUCCUCCUCCUCCACGAAUUUUACGCCGACCUCUUCCGCUCAAAGUGAGAAGAGUCUAAAUGAGGGCGAAGCUCACAUGAACUCGAAAAAGGGUCAAGGUGAAAAAAGUGACAAAGUCAAUGAUAAUAAGCAUCCAACUUAUCGCGGCGUACGCAAGCGUAGUUGGGGCAAAUGGGUGUCGGAAAUCCGACAACCUAAGAAGAAAUCAAGAAUAUGGCUUGGAACAUAUCCAACACCAGAAAUGGCUGCCCGAGCACAUGAUGCAGCAGCUUUAGCAAUCAAAGGUCACUCAGCAUAUCUUAACUUCCCACAUUUGGCUCAUGAACUUCCCAGGCCCGCCUCGACGUCACCAAAGGACAUCCAAGAUGCGGCUGCAAAGGCGGCUGCCGCCACAAUUCAUGGCGGUGGAGAAGCUGAAGCACGGCUGAGCAAAGCCCACCUACCCAAUUCUCGUUCAUCUACAAAUUUUUCACAUGAACACAUUCAAGAAUCUGUUGAUGAUGACACAUUUUGUGAUCUACCAGAUCUUUCAAUGGACAGUGCAGAACACAAUGAUGGAUACUAUACUUACUAUACUUUUUCAUGGCAGUUAGAGGGACCCGAGCAUAUCGGAUUCGGAUCGUCUGAGGAUCCAAUUUAUGAGAGUCCAACUACUGCAAGUGAACUUAUUUUUUAG